GGCCCCGAAGAGCCGAAAGGGGGGCGCCUUUGUCUAUAAGCGCCGCACGGGCGCUCCUGAUUGGCUGUAGCUAAGCAGGGCUUUCUUCCGCGCUCCUUCGGAGUGCUCCCUACAGCGUCGCCGGCCCCGUUCCAUUUCCACAGCUCCCCCUCCCCGGCCGCGCGCCCCUCCCGCCCCGCGCGCGCCUCCUCUUUCUCGCUGCCGAGUUCAGCCCGGGCAGCCAUAUGGGGGAUACGCCAGCAAGAGACGCCGGCCGCCAAGAUCUGCAUCUUUAGGCCACGCUAAGACCCUGGGGAAGAGCGCAGGAGCCCGGGAGAAGGGCUGGAAGGAGGGGACUGGACGUGCGGAGAAUUCCCCCCUAAAAGGCAGAAGCCCCCGCCCCCACCCUCGAGCUCCGCUCGGGCAGAGCGCCUGCCUGCCUGCCGCUGCUGCGGGCGCCCACCUCGCCCAGCCAUGCCAGGCUCGGCCACCGACGCGGGGAAGAUCCCUUUCUGCGACGCCAAGGAAGAAAUCCGUGCCGGGCUCGAAAGCUCUGAGGGCGGCGGCGGCCCGGAGAGGCCAGGCGCGCGCGGGCAGCGGCAGAACAUCGUCUGGAGGAAUGUCGUCCUGAUGAGCUUGCUCCACUUGGGGGCCGUGUACUCCCUGGUGCUUAUCCCCAAAGCCAAGCCACUCACUCUGCUCUGGGCCUACUUCUGCUUCCUCCUGGCCGCUCUGGGUGUGACAGCUGGUGCCCAUCGCUUGUGGAGCCACAGGUCCUACCGGGCCAAGCUGCCUCUGAGGAUAUUUCUGGCUGUCGCCAACUCCAUGGCUUUCCAGAAUGACAUCUUCGAGUGGUCCAGGGACCACCGAGCCCACCACAAGUACUCAGAGACGGAUGCUGACCCACACAAUGCCCGCCGGGGCUUCUUCUUCUCCCAUAUCGGGUGGCUGUUUGUUCGCAAGCAUCGAGAUGUUAUUGAGAAGGGGAGAAAGCUUGAUGUCACUGACCUGCUUGCUGAUCCUGUGGUCCGGAUCCAGAGAAAUACACAGCACAUCCAGAAACAAGGAAGAGCUCUCAAUCAAGAGGCAGCGUGUGAGAUGCUUCGUGAAUGGCAUCAAGGGCAUAUAUUGAAAGUCACCCUUCCCGGAUUACACAUUUUAGCUUUGUUACAUACUCAUUGUAACCACUCUGAAAAGUGCUGCUUGAUGCUGCGUGCCCUUUCUGUGUCCCUGGAGGUAUUCUGAAGGUCAGAAGAGAGAUAUACAACAGCGAGGCUUGGUGAUAACGUAUAGAAUAACAGACAGGGACUCCAUACCCAGGCCUUUUUUAACGGCGUGAAGUAUAGACAGAGAUGCAGUCUGUGCUAACAUUAGGUUAUUUAUUCAUUCAAUCAGUUGACACAAGGAGGCAGCUACGGGGAGGUAAAAUAUGGUCCUAAAAUAAAAAAGAUUUCAGUUUUGUCAUUCUGUCUCUGAGAUUCUAUUUCCACAUCUAGAGCAGGGUAAUAAUGAUACCUACCUUACAAAAUUAUUGGGAGAAUACAUUAGUUAAUAUACGUGAAAGUACGGAGGAGAUGUGCAAUAAAUAUUUGUGUUAUUAACUACACAUACAGCACUCUAUAGGAGAUAUUCCAUUUAUAAAGACUUUAGGUUCUAAAAAGCUGUACACGUGUUGAUUAUUUUUGUAAGUCAAAAGUGAUUAAGAGGAGUUUAAGCUAUCAUUUCCAGAUGUAUUUCUAUAAAUAAAAACAUAAGUAUAUUCAGUUGAUUUGGGGUGGAGAGUUCCAUAGAUGUCUGUGAGGUCCACUUGGUCCAGAGCUGAGUUCAAGUCCUGAAUAUCCUUGUUAAUCUUCUGUCUUGUUGAUCUGUCUAAUAUUGACAGUGGGGUAUUAAAGUCUCCCACUAUUAUUAUAUGGGAGUCUAAGUCUCCUUGUAGGUCUCUAAGAACUUGCUUUAUGAAUCUGGGUGCUCCUGUAUUAGGUGCAUACAUAUUUAGGAUAGUUAGCUCCUCUUGCUGCAUUGAUCCCAUUACCAUUAUAUAAUGCCCUUCUUUGUCUUUUUUGAUAUUUGUUGGUUUAAAGUCUGUUUUAUUAGAGACUAGGAUUGCAACCCCUGCUAUUUUUUUUUUUUUUGCUUGAUAAAUAUUCCUCCAUCCCUUUAUUUUGAACCUAUAUGUGUCUUUGCACGUGAGGUGGGUCUCCUGAAUACAGCACACCGAUGGGUUUUGACUCUAUCUAAUUUGCCAGUCUGUGUCUUUUAAUUGGGGCAUUUAGCCCAUUUACAUUUAAGAUGAAUAUUGUUAUGUGUGAAAAUCAACAGAAUAUACAUUCUUCUCAACACCACAUCGCACUUAUUCUAAAAUUGGCCAUAUAAUUGGAAGUAAAACACUCCUCAGCAAAUGCAAAAGAACGGAAAUCAUAACAGUCUUUCAGACCACAGUGCAAUCAAAGUAGAACUCAGGAUUAAGAAAUUCACUCAAAACCGCACAACCACCUGGAAACUGAACAACCUGCUCCUGAAUGACCACUGGGUAAAUAACAAAAUUAAGGCAGAAAUAAGUAAGUUCUUUGAAACCAAUGAGAACAAAGACACAAUGUACCAGAAGCCCUGGGACACAGCUAAAGCAGUGUUUAGAGGGAAAUCUAUAGCACUAAAUGUCCACAGGAGAAAGCAGGAAAGAUCUAAAAUUGACAUCCUAAUAUCACAAUUAAAAGAACUAGAGAAGCAAGAGCAAACAAAUUCAAAAGCUAGCAGAAGAUAAGAAAUAACUAAGAUCAGAGCAGAACUGAAGGAGAUAGAGACAUGAAAAACCCUUCAAAAAAAUCAAUGAAUCCAGAAGCUGUUUUUUUGAAAAGAUUAACAAAAUAGACUGCUAGCCAGACUAAUAAAGAAGAAAAGGGAGAAGAAUCAGAUAGACACAAUAAAAAAUGAUAAAGGGGAUAUCACCACUGAUCCCACAGAAAUACAAACUACCAUCAGAGAAUACUAUAAACACCUCUACACAAAUAAACUAGAAAAUCUAGAAGAAAUGGAUAAAUUCCUGAACACAUCCACUCUUCCAAGACUACACCGGGAAGAAGUCGAAUCCCUGAAUAGACCAAUAACAAGUUCUGAAAUUGAGGCAGUAAUUAAUAACCUACCAACCAAAAAAAGCCAAGGACCAGAGGGAUUCACAGCCAAAUUCUACCAGAGGUACAAAGAGGAGCUGGUACCAUUCCUUCUGAAACUAUUCCAAACAAUAGAAAAAGAGGGACUCCUCCCUAACUCAUUUGAUGAGACCAGCAUCAUCCUGAUACCAAAACCUGGCAGAGACACAACAAAAAGAGAAAAUAUCAGGCCAAUAUCCCUGAGGAACAUUGAUGCAAAAAUCCUCAAUAAAAUACUGGCAAACCAAAUCCAGCAGCACAUCAGGAGAUCAAGACCAUCCUGGCCAACACGGUGAAACCCCGUCACCACUAAAAUACAAAAAAAGAAAAAAAAAAGCCGGGUGUGGUAGCACGCACUUGUAGUCCCAGCUACUCAGGAGGCUGAGACAGGGGAAUCACUUGAACCUGGGAGGCAGAGGUUGCAGUGAGCUGAGAUGGCACCACUGCACUCCAGCCUGGUGACACAGCAAGACUCCAUCUUAAAAAAAAAAAAAAAAAAGCUUAUCCACCACAAUCAAGUCAGCUUCAUCCCUGGGAUGCAAGGCUGGUUCAACAUACACAUAUCAAUAAACAUUAUCCACCACAUAAACAGAACCAAUGACAUAAACCACAUAAUUAUCUCAAUAGAUGCAGAAAAGGCCUUCAAUAAAAUUCAACACCCCUUCAUGCUAAAAACUCUCAGUAAACUAGGUAUUGAUGGAAUGUAUUUCAAAAUAAUAACAGCUAUUUAUGACAAACCCACAGCCAAUAUCAUACUGAAUGGGCAAAAGUUGGAAGCAUUCCCUUUGAAACCAGCACAAGACAAGGAUGCCCUCUCUCACCACUCCUAUUCAACGUAGUAUUGGAAGUUCUGGCCAGGGCAGUCAGACAAGAGAAAGAAAUAAAGGGUAUUCAAAUAGGAAGAGAGGAAGUCAAAUUGUCUCUGUUUGCAGAUGACAUGAUUGUAUAUUUAGAAAACCCCAUCAUCUUAGCCCAAAAUCUCCUGAAGCUGAUAAGCAACUUCAGCAAUGUUUCAGGAUACAAAAUCAAUGUGCAAAAAUCACAAGCAUUCCUGUACACCAAUAGUAGACAAACAGCCAAAUCAUGAGUGAACUCCCAUUCGCAAUUGCUACAAAGAGAAUGAAAUACCUAGGAAUACAACUCACAAGGGAUGUGAAGGACCUCUUCAAGGAGAACUACAAACCACUGUUCAAGGAAAUAAGAGAGGACACAAACAAAUGGAAAAACAUUCCAUGUUCAUGGAUAGAAAGAAUCAAUAUUGUGAAAAUGGCCGUACUGCCCAAAGUAAUGUAUAGAUUCAGUGCUAUCCCCAUCAAGCUACCAUUGACUUUCUUCACAGACUUAGAAAAAACUACUUUAAAUUUCAUAUGGAACCAAAAAAGAGCCUGUAUAGCCAAGACAAUCCUAAGCAAAAAGAACAAAGCUGGAGGCAUCACGCUGCCUGACUUCAAACUAUAUUACAAGGCUACAGUAACUGAAACAGCAUGGUACUGGUACCAAAACAGAUACACAGACCAAUGAAACAGAACAGAAGCCUCAGAAAUAAUGCCACACAUCUACAACCAUCUGAUCUUUGAUGAACCUGACAAAAACAAGCAAUGGGGAAAGGAUUCCCUAUUUAAUAAAUGAUGUUCUGAAAACUGGCUAACCAAAUGCAGAAAACUGAAACUGGACCCUUUCCUUACACCUUGUACAAAAAUUAACUCAAGAUGGAUUAAAAACUUAAAUGUAAGACCUAAAACCAUAAAAACCCUAGAAGAAAACCUAGGCAAUACCAUUCAGGACAUAGUCAUGAGCAAAGACUUCAUGACUAAAACACCAAAAGCAAUGGCAAUGAAAGCCAAAAUUGACAAAUGGGAUCUAAUUAAACUAGAGAGCUUCUGCACAGCAAAAGAAACUAUCAUCAGAGUGAACAGGAAACCUACAGAAUGGGAGAAAAUUUUUGCAAUCUAUCCAUCUGACCAAGGGCUAAUAUCCAGAAUCUACAAAGAACUUAAACAAAUUUACAAGAAAAAAACAACCCUAUCAAAAAGUGGGCAAAGGAUACGAACAGACAUUUCUCAAAAGAAGACAUUUAUGAGGCCAACAAACAUAUGAAAAAAAGCUCAUUAUCACUGGUCAUUAGAGAAAUGCAAAUCAAAACCACAAUAAGAUACUAUCUCAUACCAGUUACAAUGGCGAUCAUUAAAAAGUCAGGAAACAACAGAUGAUGGAGAGGGUGUGGAGAAAUAGGGACACUUUUACACUGUUGGUGGAGUAUAAAUUAGUUCAACCAUUGUGGAAGACAGUGUAGUGAUUCCUCAACGAUCUAGAACCAAAAAUACCAUUUGGCCCAGCAAUUCCAUUACAGGUAUAUGCCCAAAGGAUUAUAAAUCAUUCUACUAUAAAGACACAUGCACAUGUAUGUUUAUUGCAGCACUAUUCACAAUAGCAAAGACUUGGAACCAACCCAAAUGCCCAUUUAUAGGCUGGAUAAAGAAAAUGUGGCACAUAUACACCAUGGAAUACUAUGCAGCCAUAAAAAGAUGAGUUCACAUCCUUUGCAGGGACAUGGAUGAAUCUGGAAACCAUCAUUCUCAGCAAACUAACACAGGAACAGAAAACCAAGCACUGCAUGUUCUCCCUAAGUGGAAGUUGAGCAAUGAAACCACAUGGACACAGGGAAGGGAACAUCACACACCCUGGCCUGUUGGGGGGUUGGGGGGGGAUGCUAAGGGAGGGAUAGCAUUAGGAGAAAUACCUAAUGUAGGUGAUGGGUUGAUGGGUGCAGCAAACCACUGUAGCACGUGUAUACCUAUGUAACAAAUCUGUACAUUCUGCAAUGUAUCCCAGAACUUAAAGUAUAAUAAUAAUAAUAAUAAAAUAUAUAAGUA